GAUUCAGUCGAGUGCCGAACGAGCUGAUGGACGCACGUGUGGCGCGGUGGUUUAAAACUUAAACUGAAACUCAAAUCCAAAAACCAAAUCAGAUUUAAACAAACUAACUCCCGUUAAAAGCGAAAACUCCCACAAAAAUAAAAUAGUGUUGGGAAAGUGUGAGAAACUGUUCGCAUCCGGAAAACGGAAUAUCUAUAUAGCUAUAGUUAGUGUGUGAUAACUUCUGUGAUCUGUAAGUUCUGUGCGUAUGACAAGUGGCCGGCCGGCCGGCCCAAAGAAAAUUCCUUAAAUGCGUGGCGGCGCCUUUUCAUGUGCAGCAGCGGAAAUCCCUCAAACUUAGGCUGCCCAGAUGGAUGGAUCGGCGGUAUAAAGAAACACUGGCGACGGCGUCGCUGGCGGUCAGCAACAGACAUUGCAACUGCAGCAGCAACACGGCAACGGCAACAGCUACAGCAGCAACUUCCAAACGGGUUUAGCUGCGUUUUCGAUACGCUCGAUCGUCGGUGGGGGGAAAAUAGCGCCUGGCAUCGAAACGGAUUGCUGCGUCUUUUGAUCUAGCGCUCUUCGAUCGGAGAGAUUCCGAUUUCCAAGGAAACCCAAAGGAAAAUACCACAAGGAAAAAUGCACAUAGCUCUAAAGCAAAUAAAUCAUCUUCUGCCGUUGAAAUAACAAAUGAAAAACGUUUGAAGUGCCAAUGUGAAAAAUUAUAAGUUUAUCCAGUCCACUAGCAAGCAAGAAAACAAAAAUGUAAAACGCCUGAAACAAAAAAGUGGAAAUCAAACGAAAAGUAUUAAGCAGUCCAAAAUAAGUUACACAAAAAUUCAUGCAACUAUCAAAAUACAUAAUCUCAAAAUCGCAAAAUCGCAUCGAAUAGAAUAUUAAACAAUUUUUAUACGGCCACAUAACAGUUUUAUAUUAAUCGAAAUCAUUUUGACAAGCAUACAAAACGUAAAUUUAAUUAUAACGCUGACGUAAUAAAUAUUUAAUGAAGUAGAACCUUAGCAUAUAGUAAUUUAUUAACUAAAGUACUUACCACAAAACAUCUACAAUAUAUCACGCCAAAAAGUAGACUAUAGAAAACGCAUUUAGCAAAAUCAACAAUUCACCAACAGCCACAUAAAUUAUAAUAUUUAAACCGCAAUCAAUCAAUUAAAAUGCCAUCGUCAACGGGAGUAUUAGUGCUAAUGAUCCUCACCCACCUGAGUUUUGGCCAGGUGCGAAACGAGGAUCAGCUGUUAAUGGUUGGCCAGAAUGGCGAUCUCGACAGCAGCAAUCCUGCAACACACCACCAGCAACAUCAACAGCAUCAGCUGCAACACCAGAGCAAUCACAAUCUGAACAAUGGGAAUUUGAACAGCACUCUUCUGAACACUUUGAUGGGGAGCAAUGCUGGUCAGGUGGUGAAUAAUUCUCCGGUCGGCGGAUCCAUGAUCAAUCAAUUGGGCAGUAGUACAUCAAGUGUGCCCUCGGUUGUUGGCGGCGGAGUGGGUUCGGUUGGAAGCCCUUGGCAUUCGGGAGUUGGAUUCGGAGUUCCUGGCAACGGAAUGGGAUUGCCUUCGCCUCACGGCCAUGGCGCAAAUAUCGGCUCCCAUCCACAUGGACAUGCUCUGGCAGGACUGGCAAAGCUGGGAAUCAUAGUGCCCGGUAGCCAAGGACUACCUGGAAAUCUGGGAUACGGCGGAACAAUGCUAAACGGAGGAGGAGGUGGUGGAGCUGCCGGAGGAAUGGGCCUGGGAAUCGGCUCCAACACUAAUAACAUGGAUAUGCAGCAAGGCCUUUACAAUGAACAUUUCAUUUCGGAGCACACGGUGAUGGCGGUGUUUACAUCGCAGGGUCAAGUGGGAGGUCCGUGCAGAUAUAUGCCGGCCACGCGGCGCCAGAACCACCAGUGCCGCAAGGAGACGGGUCUGCCGGGAACCCUCAGCGAAGCCCGUCGCCUGGCCACCACCCACUGCGAGGAGCAGUUCCGCUACGAUCGCUGGAACUGCUCCAUCGAGACGCGCGGCAAGCGAAACAUCUUCAAGAAGCUCUACAAGGAGACGGCCUUCGUCCACGCCCUCACGGCCGCCGCGAUGACCCACUCGAUAGCCAGGGCCUGUGCCGAGGGCCGGAUGACCAAGUGCAGCUGCGGCCCCAAGAAGCACAAUCGGGAGGCACAGGACUUCCAGUGGGGCGGCUGCAACGACAACUUGAAGCACGGCAAGCGGGUGACGCGCAGCUUUCUGGACUUGCGCGGCGGCGAAGGGGACGAGGUCAGCGAGAUAUUGCGACAUGACUCAGAGGUCGGCAUAGAGGCUGUCUCCUCGCAGAUGAUGGACAAGUGCAAGUGCCAUGGUGUCUCCGGAUCCUGUUCUAUGAAGACUUGCUGGAAGAAGAUGGCCGACUUUAAUGCCACGGCUACGUUGUUGAGGCAAAAAUACAACGAGGCCAUCCGCAAGGCGCCCAACCAGCGCUCUAUGCGACAGGUCUCGUCGAGUCGUAUGAAAAAGCCAAAGCAACGACGCAAGAAACCCCAACAAUCGCAAUACACGACGCUGUACUAUCUGGAGACCUCGCCCUCCUACUGCGCGGUCACCAAGGAUCGCCAGUGCCUGCAUCCGGACAAUUGUGGGACCCUGUGCUGUGGGCGUGGCUACACCACGCAGGUGGUGAAGCAGGUGGAGAAGUGCCGAUGUCGCUUCAAUAAUGGACGAUGCUGCCAACUGAUCUGCGACUAUUGCCAGCGAUUCGAGGAUAAAUACUUUUGUAAAUAGACGGAUCGCCAUCACUUGCCGUCUUUCGCCCCCAUCUCUCUCUCUCUCUCUCUAUCCUUGUGCUCUUUGAAAAUGUAAUUUGUAAAGUUUUUUUCUACCUUUAUGGCUUGUAAUUUUUUUCCAUUCCUAACAAAUAUUAUUGAAAUGAUAAGCAAAAUGAACGAAAUGAUUCGCAGAAUGAUAGAAAACGCUCAGAAAGCUAAGGGCUCAGCUAAAGGCCAAACUCACCUAAUCACACAUACAUACUCACAUGCAUACACACACACACAGACACACACAAGCGCAUACAUGCAUCUAUCUAUAAAUUUACUAUAUAGUAAACAUUAGCUACCGUCGCAAAGAAAAAAUCUCAAAAAAAAUGGCAAAACUUCAUUUAGCAAAACGGAAAAACCACAAAAAAAACACAACACACACACACAAAGAACAACA